AAAGAUAAUUGUGAAACAUAAACAGGAAGCGGCUGGGCUGAGUUUUGGGGAGUAGUUGGACAGCCAUUGCAGUGUCGUGGCUCAGUAACAAAACACGAAAGAGGUGAGGAAGACCUGGCAUCUUACAGGCUCCCUUUUCUGACCGAGAGAUUAAUUUACAUGACUGAUAGAGCAAACACACUUGGUAAAUUAAUCUACGCUUAGACAACAGGAUUCAACAGCUCCGGAUAUGUCAUUCCUAUUUGAUUGGAUUUAUAGCGGUUUUAAUAGCGUACUACAGUUUUUAGGACUGUACAAGAAAUCUGGCAAGUUAGUAUUUCUUGGCCUGGACAAUGCUGGCAAAACAACGCUAUUGCACAUGCUCAAAGAUGACAGAUUGGGACAACAUGUGCCAACCUUACACCCAACCUCAGAAGAGCUGACAAUUGCUGGGAUGACGUUCACCACCUUUGACCUAGGAGGCCACACACAAGCCCGCAGAGUGUGGAAAAACUACCUCCCUGCCAUCAAUGGCAUCGUCUUUCUUGUGGAUUGUGCAGACCACCCAAGACUGGCCGAAUCAAAAGCAGAACUUGAUGCACUGAUGACAGACGAGACUAUUGGAAAUGUGCCUAUCCUAAUCCUGGGCAACAAGAUCGACAGACAAGAAGCCAUCAGUGAGGAGAAACUGAGGGAACUGUUUGGAUUGUAUGGACAGACGACAGGCAAAGGCAACAUCCCCAUGAAGGAGCUGAACACGAGACCACUGGAGGUCUUCAUGUGCAGCGUGUUGAAGAGGCAAGGCUACGGCGAGGGUUUCCGCUGGCUCUCCCAGUACAUCGACUAAAGAGCCGGACCCCACAGCGCACCGACAUCACCACCACCAUCAGAGAGAAGGCGCCAAAUCCCACCAGCCGAGGCGCCCGCCAUCGCCACCGGUACCAUCAUAAUCAGCCCCAUGUUCGGUUAAUCAAGUCUGCCUCCACCUUCAGAGAAACCAGUACAACUCGAUCCCAAUAGACUUUUAUUGGUUGAACAUUUGGUUCCACACUUACAGAAUUCAAACCUGUGCGCACAUGUAAGCAUUGUCAUCUCUCUCGUUUUUUAAGAGAGUAACAUAGCGUUGGCUCCACAGUAAAGGGUGUUCACAUUCAAACCGGUAAAUCUUUUCUAUUUUGUGUCUGUCAUUCGCUGCCCUCUGUCCCUCCUUCCCACCAUCCGUUGAGUGUGAUGAUAGAUGCAUAUAACUGUAAAUCUGUACAUGAUUCCAUUGAUAUAUCAGCAAUCUUUAAAGCCUCUUCCCCCUCUUCAACUCAUCCUACGUAAACGAGAGUGAGCCGCAUAAUUGUAUACAUUGCAGUACACUUUUUUAACAGUAAAGAAAUUAAUUCAACCUUGUAUUUAAUCAGUGUUUUGGUUUGACCCGCUUUUUGUUUCUUUUCUUUGUUUUUUUUAAAACUUGGUUUCAGUAAAUUGAGAAUGCGUACAUGUGGCUUUUUCACCCAUUUCUAUGAGCGGACCAGUGCAUUAAUCUUAGUAUAUUCUAUACGAGAUCCAUCUCUUUCACAACAGAUGAUACACUUUAAUUCCAGGCUUCUGUCCUUUAGGCAGAGUAGCUCUGAGUGGAUCCAGAUAGUCAGUGGGCUCCCUUUUUAAACAGAAGCAUGGGGUGGUAGUAUUACUAAUGGGGGGAGUUGUUUCUUUUUUCUUUUCUUUUUUUUUUAAAUAGGCUGUAACUCUGGCAAGGUAUGAUGAAAUUCUGUAGAUAGCACAAUGAUCAGUUGAUGCAAAGACAGCUAUUUAAAUUAAAUAAAACUUUGCAUUUCAUAGCCAGAUCGUAACACGCCACAAGAGAUGAUGGGAGGAAUAAACAGAGUAGUAACAUCCAGUAGUUGUCAGCAUUGGAAAGUCCAUACUGCAGGUGCGUUUUCCAGCUCAGAUCUUUUCCCAGGGAGAAUUUAGUGACCAAGUGAGAAUGGAGAACCCAGUCCCACAGUGGGAACAGAGAGGCCUACGACCGCUCUAAGGGACCAUAUGUAUGAAAUGUACAUGAACAUCGUACAUGGAUUUUGUAUUUAUAAAUGGUAUCCUUUGAUCUAUGUGCAUUACCAGAAACUAUUAUGCAUGCCUUGAUCUUUUGAUUUCUUUCUUUUUUUUUUUAAUGACCAUCACUCAAUGGGAGGGAAGAAGAUGCCAAAAUUUACAAGGAGAGAUGAUUGUCUUGUCUUUUUAAAAGAAACAAUGGAGUUGCGCAUAAUACACUUUUUCUGUCCCUGUCCCUUUGUGUCUUUUUCAUUCCCUCAUUACUAAGUGAUGAGCUGUUCCAACGAGGAUGGGACUGGCUGUUGUUUGCAUCAUAAAAAAAAUGUAAUAAAUGUUUGCAAUGAAUAACGGGCUUUAACAAUGAACCCCCAGUGCAGACUGAUUGUUUUGCUCUUCUUCAUUCAGCGCUUUUUUUCAUUUGAAUAAUUUCAGGGGUUGAAUUUGCCUCACAUAAUAAAUGCCUGGA